UUGCCAGUUGUUGAUCUUGGUUAUCUUUUUAAAUAUGCAGCUCAAUUGCCUGGAACUACUCAGGACCACCUGCAAAUAUUUAAUAUUGAGAUGAAAGCUAAAAUGAAAUCACAUCAAAUGCCUGAGCAGAUUGUCUUUUGGAAGUGGAUAACACCAAAGCUGUUGGGGUUGGUUACACAAACAUCUGUUUUUCAUUGGUCAAUAGAAGGUGAUUCUGAGCCAGUGAAGAUGUUUGAAAGAACAGCUAAUUUAACAAACAAUCAGAUUAUCAAUUACCGGUGCGACCCAUCAGAAAAAUGGCUAGUUCUCAUUGGCAUUGCACCUGGCUCUCCAGAG